CUUGAUCUAUGGCUCAAUCGAGAACUAGCUUCAAACAAUAACUUGCGCUCAUAAGAUCUCACUUCCCCGCUCGAGGCGUUUAUGGCAUUUUCUCGCCCUCGCAUCAAUUACGUUUGAGCCUGAUUGAAUUGAGACGCGAACGCGAUCACUUGCGAGCCAGCUAGCUUUUACGGCUCUCACUUCCAUGCAACUUGGACAAAAUGGCGAUUCAUGACUUUAGCCAAGAGCAGAAAAUUUGCUUUGAGGAUCAGCAUCGUGAGCUGAAAGGAAUACUGCGCAAUAAAGCCGGUGCCGACGCGGGAGUUGAUAACGUCAAAGGGUUUGAUCUCGCGAUCUCUGAAUUUACUUGGCGGCAGGUGCCUCUAGUGGACACCCAGGAGGCACUAGCCAAGUUCAUGCAUUUGGCCGACGACACGAAGUUCAGCAAAAUCUAUGGCGAAUUCCUCAAUGCUCCUCUCGGAUCCGCCAAGGAGGAAGCCCAGGCGAGGGAAAUGCUGUGCGGCGCCCAUGGGAUCUCCACCACAUCUUACAGACCAAGGAAGGACUGGGAGUUGGUAAGAGCGGCGCCUUUCAUCGCGUUGCAGGCAGACGUAGGUUUUCCGAAAAAUCCUAGAUUUAAGUGUCAUAUUGGAAAGAUUCACCCAACAAGGUGUUACUGCUCGCGUCCAGCCUCCAGGACAGGGGAGAUAACUACGCGGAAAGUGGUCGCGCAAGAACAAUGGAUCUGGCAGCAUCCGAACCCACGGGCAAACUGGCCGAACUUUUGUCUCAGUACUACGAAUUAUACGAUCAAUCUGAGGCAGAGGUUCAAGCUAGAAGAGCCCGGGGUAGAACUAGGUCUUUACCAAGAGCCUGGCACGCCUGGUCUCUCCACUUCGAGCUCCUAGUCAUUUAUCAACUCCCCUGUGGCUGAUCCUUUGUACACACUACGCAUGUGAUAACGCACUCAGUGGCUCAUGUGCUAUUACUUCGAAUUGUUCCACUGCAGCAACAAAAGAUCGCCAACUAAAGCAGUCUAAAGAAAAAUCUAAUAAGCAAUGGAAUCUUGGCUGGGAAGUUUGGCGUCGAUAUCGCCGAUUCAGAGAAGAAAAAUUCGAGAUGGUCU